UCUCCUCUUAGUUCUAUCUGUUAUUCUCACUUGUCCUCUCUUCUCUCUCAAAUUCUCCAACAAAGAAAGAGAGAAGACGAGAUCGGAAUAUGAACCCCUCACUUCUCCUCACUACCAACCAACCUUCUGUAAACCCCACCACAACUACUUUCUUAUCUCCUUUUCUCAACCCUACUCCUCUCCGUUUUACCCGUAAAAUCUCCCAGAAACGCCGCCAUUAUCGCUACAAUUACGGUUUAUCUACUGUCCGUUCAUCUGCUUCUUCUGUCCCUGACAAACCCCCUUCGUCGUCUAUUUCGGUCAAGCCAGAUGUCUUUGGAGGUAAGAAAGAACUUUCUACUAUUCAAUCCCUCGUGGAUGCCAUGUCACCGCCCAUAAGAAUAGCCAGCUCGGCUUUAGUAUUUGCUGGCGCUGUGGCUGCUGGGUACGGGCUUGGUGUUCGUUUUGGUGGGUCCCGCAAUGCUGGGGUGGGUGGUGCUAUUGCUCUUGGUGCUGCUGGUGCCGGCGCCGCUUAUGCAUUGAAUUCCUGUGUUCCUGAAGUCGCGGCUAUUAAUUUGCAUAACUAUGUGGCUGAUUUUGAGGACCCUGCUGCCUUGAACAAGGAAGAUAUUGAUGCAAUUGCUAAUAAGUACGGUGUCAGCAAACAGAAUGAGGCAUUCAAUGCGGAGCUACGUGAUAUAUAUUGCCGAUAUGUAUCUGCUGUCUUUCCUACUGGGACUGAAGAACUUAGAGGCGAUGAAGUUGAUACCAUAAUCAAAUUUAAAAAUGCAUUGGGAAUUGAUGAUCCAGAUGCAGCAGAUAUGCAUAUGGAGAUUGGUAGGCGAAUAUUCAGGCAACGACUUGAAACGGGAGAUCGUGAUGGAGAUAUAGAACAGCGUCGGGCAUUUCAGAAGUUGAUAUACGUCUCAACUCUAGUAUUUGGAGAAGCAUCUGCAUUCCUUUUACCUUGGAAACGUGUUUUCAAGGUUACUGAUUCCCAGGUUGAGGUUGCUGUCAGGGACAAUGCACAACGAUUAUAUGCCUCCAAGCUUAAGUCUGUUGGCCGAGAUAUUGAUGUGAACCAGCUGGUCAGUUUGAGAGAGGCACAGCUUGCAUAUCGGCUGUCGGAUGAGCUUGCAGAAGAGAUGUUUAAAGAGCAUGCAAGAAAGCUUGUUGAGGAAUGCAUAUCACUUGCUGUUGGCAGUUUGAAAUCAAGAGCAAGAGCAACCAGGGAAGCCACACGUGUGAUCGAGGAGCUUGAUAAGAUCUUGUCAUUUAAUAAUUUGCUAAUUUCACUGAAGAACCAUCCUGAUGCUAGUCGCUUUGCUCCGGGCAUUGGGCCAGUUUCCUUAGUAGGAGGGGAGUAUGAUGGUGAUAGAAAGAUGGAUGACCUAAAACUUCUCUACAGAGCAUAUAUUACAGAUUCUUUGUCAAGUGGUCGGAUGGAAGAAGACAAGGUAUGGUGAUUAAAUUUUUCUCUC